CUCACAUGACUGUUACAACUGUCAAGAGUUUACCGGAAAAUCUUAAAAAUAUGAUUUAAGUGCAAUUGUAUACAUGUUUUUGAAAUUACGUGAUUCGCUCACUCUCUUAAUCGAAAUGCUAUUUAACAGUAAAAAUGCAUUUGAAAGUGUGUCAUAUAACUCAUAUUCUCUGUUUCGUCUUGGGUUGUAGUUUUACCCUCCUGCUCACUAGCUAUGACCUGAAAAAAGAAGGAUUUGAAAAUGUUUUCGAAAAAGAGGAAUUUCAGUUGAUUGUGAUUAUUUUGAGCUCACCAGAAAAUGUCAUAAAAAGGUAUGCAAUCAGGCAAACAUGGUUGCGAGAUUUAAACCAAAGAUCUUCCUAUAUGUUUGUAAUUGGCAGCUUAGGCUUUACAGCAGAACAAAGGAAAACCAUUUUAUCUGAACAAAGUGAGCACAAUGAUAUUCUUUUACUCCCUCUCCAUGAGGGCUACCAAAGCCUUACCAAAAAACUAUUAGCUACUCUAGUUCAUGUUUAUCAAACAUACAAAUUUGAUUUUCUGCUUAAGACUGAUGAUGAUACAUUUGUUAAUCUAAGAAUGUUGAAUGAAGCAAUGGUUUCUGUGGAUAAACAAAAGCCUGUGUAUUGGGGAUAUUUCAAUGGGAGAGCAAGUGUUUUUAAAAAGGGAAAAUGGAAGGAAGACCAGUGGUUUCUUUGUGACAGAUAUUUACCAUAUGCUCUUGGUGGUGGUUACAUUUUGACCUACCCUGCAGUAGAGUUAAUUGUUGACAAAGCACAAGUUCUAAGCACAUACAAUUCAGAGGAUGUAUCACUUGGAGUAUGGCUAUCACCCUACAAUAUAAGUCGUAUCCAUGAUAUACGUUUUGAUUCUGGCCAUGUUAGUCGUGGGUGUUCCAACUCUCAUAUGGUAACACAUAAGCAAACGCCUGAGCAUAUUAGAGCCUUGUAUGCUUCCUUGUCACAUUCAGGGGUGUCUUGUUCUGUUGAGACUCAAUAUUCAUCUCCUUAUGAAUAUGACUGGAAAGUACCUCCUUCCAAAUGUUGUCUUAAGUCUGUACUAUAAACUAAUGUUAAUUGAAAUAGGUAAAUGCCGAGAUGUACAUAGUCAUUUCCAUGAACACUACUUAUUAUGAGUUUGUCUUCAGGUUUGUAUAUAUGUACUGUUAGGUCAGAUACUUGUGAUUUAUUUUGUAUGUUUGAAAGUUCUUUUGCCAAUUCAUAUUUACAGGAAUUUUGAUAUUUAUUUAUCUCUACAUUAAUUGUCCAUCUCUGUUCUAGGCAAUAUUUUGAUUAGAAAAUGAAAUUACUGCCAUUUACUUUCAUAUAUUACCAUAACAUUUACUUUACCAAAGUAUAAUAUAAUCAUUUAUUCAGAAAUAAACAUAUCAUAUGUAAUAUUCUAAUGACAUGUAUCUUACAAUGAUUAUCUUU